AUGUUCUCGCUGUCACCCCUGAACACCAGCAGCAGCAGCAGCAGCAGCAGCAGCAGCAGCAGCAGCAGUAGCAGCAGCAGCAGCAGUAGCGGGGAGCAGCAGGGGGAGCAGGAGGAGGGGGAGCAACAGCAGGAGCAGCAGGAGCAGCAGCACAAGCAGCAGCAGCAGCAGGAGGAGGGGGAGCAGCAGCAGCAGCAGGAGGGGGAGCAGCAGCAGCAGGAGGGGGAGCAGCAGGAGCAGCAGCAGCAGCAGGGGCAGCAGCAGCAGCAGCGGCGGGUGGCAGCAGCAGAAGCAGAAAAAGAAGCAGAAAAAUAA